CAAUAUUUUGCAUUUCUUACGCGUAUUGGAGAAAAGUCCAAGCAUCUCUAUACUCUCUCACCUACAUUUAUAUAAUUAUAUUCCCAACAACAUUUUCUUCCAUAAUAAAUUCAUUAUUGCAAUCAUUCGUCACUUACUAGCCAAUACUUUAAUCCUCACUUUUUAUUCCAUAUGUUAUCGCUGGAAAUUAGAAAUCCAGAAGAGGCUUCUCCUAAUCCAUUAAUUCCAGCAAACAGAUACGUGCCUAGCGAUGAAGUAGCUCCUUCCGUGCUUUCCCAGGAUCUCCAACGCCAGAAACGUAAGAAAUGGGCCAUAUACAUCGCGCUUUUCGCACUCUUUCAAGUCACUAUCAUACUCGUUUUCGCACUUGUGGUUAUGAAAGCCCGAACCCCUCUUUUCAUGGUUCGGUCGGCUACCUUCACCUCCUCGAACUACAACAGGUCAGGGAUCAAUCCAUCCUUUGACUUUAACAUGUCCGUGGAUUUCAGAAUCAAGAACGCCAACUUCGGUUCUUACAAGUACGAGGAAUUCAAUGUUUAUUUUUACUAUGAGGACUCCUUGGUUGUGACCGCGCCCAUUUACAAAUCCAGAACUGGGUUUCUGUCAACAAGAAAGUUCCCGAUCUCAAUAAACUUGUCCUCUAAUGAACUGUCGGGGCUCAGUUUAUCGACACUUGCGAUUGAUCUGAGCACCGGCGUGCUGCCUUUGACCAUCAAUUCUACGAUGAAAGGUAAAGUGGAGAUAUUGUUGUUAUUCAAGAAGAAGAAGUCUACGAGUAUGAAAUGUAACAUGGGUAUUAAUACAUUGACUGGGCAGCUUCAGGAUAUUAAAUGCAUGUACACCAGCUGAGUGUUAUAUAUUAGUUUAGCUGUCUAUUAUUGUUGGUGAUGAGUACUUAUCUACUAGUAAUUUCUUGUUUUUAUUGUCAUUUUGAUGAGAUUCAAAUUAUAGGGUAUAAAAUAUUUUGAUGAUAUAAAUAAUAAUGAAGAUAUGAGGUUAAUUAA